AUGUAUUUAAACAAUUUUGUUUUAAUCACAACUGUAUCAUUUUACAGCAUUAUUUUCAAUGUAAAUUGUAAUUUGUAUUCAUCUCGUUCACGUCGUGUAUUACCAGCUGAUUCAUAUACAAUAUUAGGACAAGCUGGUUUUCGACGCUUAGGUCAGUGUAAUAUCACUUAUGCAUGGUUAACAUCACCACCGACAUCAAGUUUAGAUGCAUAUGGACAUGCUUCAGCGUGUACACGACUACAAUUAUUAAAUGGUCGAAUAGUACCAACUUCAUCCUAUGAUCAUCGUGAUAAUUAUGCCAGUAAUGAUGAUGAUAAUGAUGAAGUGAAUCAAGCUGAAAAAGAAUUAAAACAUAUCAAUAAAGAAUGGUCAGCGUCUUUAAUUGACUUAGAACGUCUAGAUCAGUUGAUACGUGCUGAAGAUAUUGGUAUUGGUCAACCAAAACAAUUGGCAAAUGAUGCACGUUACUUUUUUCUUGCUGAUCGUGUAGGUGAUUUGAAUUUAAUGGCUGUUCUACGUCCAGAUAAACAAUUGAAACUUGAAUUGAUCAAUCCAUUGGUUUCUGAACAGUUAGUUUUAAUGCCUCAACAUGUUCUUUGUCUACGUAAACAAUGUCCAAUAAAUUUACAUGAAGUAAAUUCCAAUAUACAGAAGCAGGAAAAUGCUAGUAAUAUAGCUGGUACUUCAGCAACAACUGUGGCAUUAACCAAAGCUGAACGUCAAAAUCGAGAACUUUAUAUGCAGUUGGUUAUUUCACGUGUUGCAUGUGCUUUGAUUAGUUUCAUGUGUGUAGUCUUUGCACUGACAUCUCUAACUCUAUGCAUUCGACUGAGAAGAGGUCCACAAUACUAUAAGAAACGAAUACCACGAUCAUCGCAGGCAAGCAUCUGCAAAGAACCACAUCCAUCACCUUCUUUCUGUCAGAUGAAUGGUAAAGUAAGUAUGAGUCAAGUAUCUCCCCUAUUCAUUACUGAUCAAUCGCCUAGACAUUAUGGGAUAACUCAUUUGCCAAGUGAAACAGCCAGCAUGAAUAAUAUUGUUAUGACAGCGAGUAAUAUGAGCACAUGUGACCCACAAACGGGUUUACAAAAUAUCCCCAUUUCAUACUCAGCUUUAGGGCCACAGUAUGCCCAGUUAUCAGGUUAUCCCAUUUCUGGUGGACCUAUAGCCUCUUAUAAUGAUACUUCAGGCCUAAUAACCAUCUAUCCAGUACCUUCACGUGGUUCAAUUAGUUCAACACAACGUGGAUUAUUACUACAAUGUCAAAAUGGUUCUACAAGUCCGGCGCCAUCGAAUCAUUCUGAAGGUAAAAACGGAAUGUCUCAUGCUGGCUCUCUAAGCAGACAUUCACGUAACAGUGUAUGUUAUGGUGAUGGAACACGUAGGAAAGUUAUGUGUCAAAUGAAGAAGUCUAAUCAAAAUCAGUCACUAUCAGGUCGACAGCAGCAACAGUUACAACAUAAUGAUGCAUCUACACCACUGACGAAUAAUCGACCGAUUCCUAUAGCUCAACAACAACUUCAUCAACCUUUGAAGCAGGAUGAAAACUUAUCCACUAGACCAGAGGAUUUAAUCACUUUUCAACAACCAUCAAAUUUCUCAACAAUAGUACAUCGUUAUCCUACUGAUGUACAGUUUAAUGGUGUGAAAACUAUCCCCUCAAUUGAUAUUGAAGAAAAUGAUUCAGACAUGGUAAGAUCUAGCGCAUUCAAUCAUGUAGGUGAACCAUGUGUAGGUGUCAUACGGAAACCUGCACAUGUGAAUUAA